AUGUCGACUCUCGAGGAGCUCGAUGAUCUCGACCGCCGAGACAAGGAGGAGAAGAAGAGAGAUGGCGACGACAAGAAAGAGAAGAAGUCUACUGAUGGCGACGCUGACAUGCAAGAUGCAGAGGAGGAGGAGGACGAUAUUCUUGACGAUGAGAUCCUGGGGCUGAGCACACAAGACAUUCAAACCCGCAAACGCUUGCUAGAGAACGAUUCUCGCAUCAUGAAGAGCGAGUUCUCGCGGUUAUCACACGAAAAGGCCGCCAUGGGCGAGAAGAUCAAAGAGAACCAGGACAAGAUUGCCAACAACAGACAACUCCCGUACCUCGUCGGCAACGUCGUUGAGCUGCUUGAUCUAGACCCUACGGCCGAAUCAUCAGAAGAGGGUGCUAACAUUGACUUGGAUGCCACUCGAGUUGGAAAAUCAGCCGUCAUCAAGACGUCCACACGACAAACUAUCUUUCUCCCUCUGAUUGGCCUGGUCGAUGCCGACAACUUAAAGCCUGGCGACCUUAUCGGUGUCAACAAGGAUUCGUACCUUAUUCUCGAUACGCUCCCGGCCGAGUACGACAGCCGCGUCAAGGCUAUGGAGGUGGAUGAGAAGCCCACAGAACAGUACACUGAUGUUGGUGGACUGGAUAAGCAGAUUGAAGAGUUGGUGGAAGCAAUCGUAUGGCCCAUGAAGGAGGCUGAGCGUUUCAAGAAGAUUGGCAUCAAGGCCCCAAAAGGUGCACUGAUGUAUGGCCCCCCCGGUACAGGCAAGACUUUACUAGCGCGAGCCUGUGCAGCACAGACGGACGCUACGUUCUUGAAGCUGGCAGGUCCUCAACUUGUCCAGAUGUUCAUUGGUGAUGGCGCCAAGCUCGUACGGGACUGCUUUGCGCUGGCUAAAGAAAAGGCCCCUGCGAUUAUAUUCAUCGACGAGUUGGAUGCGGUUGGUACCAAGCGCUUCGACAGCGAGAAGAGCGGCGACCGUGAAGUACAGCGAACCAUGUUGGAGCUACUGAACCAGCUUGACGGUUUCGCCUCGGACGACCGAAUCAAGGUGUUGGCUGCAACAAACCGAGUCGAUGUUCUUGAUCCUGCGCUUCUCCGAUCUGGCCGACUCGAUCGCAAGAUUGAAUUCCCACUGCCAAAUGAGGAGGCCCGCGCUCAGAUCUUAAAGAUCCAUUCUCGCAAGAUGAAGGUUGACCCCGGUGUCAAUUGGGGUGAGUUGGCCCGAAGCACGGAUGAGUUUGGAGGUGCUAUGUUGAAGGCAGUUUGUGUGGAGGCUGGUAUGAUUGCUUUGCGAUCAGGCAAGAACAAGAUUGGCCACGAGCAUUAUGUUGAUGCUAUUGCUGAGGUGCAGGCCAAGAAGAAGGAUACCGUCAACUUCUACGCUUAA